UCAUGCAUCAAAACGUGCGACGGUAUGUUGGGAUAAACCGCCAGUGCUAGCCAACGGCUAGAGAGAGAGAGAAAGACGGUGUGUGUCAGUGAAGAGACGGCGCGAGCAUGGGUAUGGGACGGAAAGAGCGAAAGGAGCUGGUCUCUGCGACCAUUUCUCAGCUGGAAGAGGUUCUCCCGGCCUCGGGGAAACCGGAGGAGCUGGUCCGGCUGACGACGGCCAUCGUCCAGAGCACAAAGAAACUCCUGGACGGGACGCCAGAAGACCUCAGGACGAAAAGCACGGCCACGCUCUCCGACUUUGUCGUGGCUGCCCGUAUCAUCGCCAAGGACCCGCGCUCCGUGGGUUCGUCUUCGAGACAGGCCCUGUCGAGCAGUCGGAGGGCCGUCGAUGCCCUCGUGCGGGAGCUGAAUUCGUGGCACGACAGACGUCAGUCGGAGGAGACGCCCGGUGAAGAGCCGGAGGUGGUUCUUAGCAGUUUGAGUCGAAUCACAAGCGAACCUGCGUCCCUGAACCGUCUGUCGUCAAUAAACGGUAGCGGCAGCGGGCCAGGGCCGGCGGUUGCUCCCGGAGCGAACCCAGAGGAGGCCGCCAAGGAGAGAGAAUUGAGAGACGCCCUCAGGAAGGAGCAGAUCACGCUGUGGAAGAAGACGGAGCCGCAGCUUGCGCCCACACAGCACGGGAAGCCGUCUGAGGUCCUGACGGACAUGACGGAAAAGUUGAAGAACAGCGCACGGGUUUUGGUGGAAAUUGCCUCGCAGAAGGCCCCGGGGCCUGCAGAGCUGCUCGAGCCAGCACUGCAGGCAACACGGGCCGUGUCUGUCCUCCUAGACUUGGUAGACAGCAUCUUUGUCAACCGUUACCCCAUGCGUUCACAGGUCCAUGGGUUCUGCUGUACUCUAGUUGAAAACUCACUAGCAUAUGGGACACAAUCUCGAACAGAAGACGUGUCGUCUCUCAGAACAGUCACAACAGAGGUCCCCGCCCUGCUGAGUGCCGCGGAGGUCAUGAUAACGCAGUCCCACAAGCGGACCCAGGACCUCGAGGGGCAGAAGAAGAUGUCGAUGCAGCGAUCCAGUGAUCUGCAGCUGCUGGGGGCGGCAUCGGGCGGAGUUAUGGGCGUGAAGAAGAGAGGAGCUCCGCCCAAACCUCCCGCGGCCCCAGAGAAGGAGGAAGUGCAGUUGAAAGAGUUUGAAAUCAUAUGUGUCAUCUGUACCAACGUGGCGGUCAACCAGGAGGACAAGAAGCCAAUGCCCAAAGGAACAGAGGUUCCACUGUUAGCCUACUCAUCAACAAAUAUACUGGAUGUAAAGAGAAUGUUGCACACCAGAACUGGCAUACUACGAGACAGCAUUGAGAUAAAGAUGCAGGGAGACGAUGUCUUGCCAGACUCCACGUUCGUGAAGCCUAACAACCCCGUCCCUUACUUUGUGUUCAACGUCCAUGAGCCGAGCGACCGAGAGCUGGAGGAGAUGAGGAAGGUAGAGAAGAUGAACAGUCGACCGAAGCUGGAGGACCUCGACUGGUCUCAGUACACCGGACCGGUUGCCAUAGCUCUCUAUGACUACGAAGCGUUAGGAGAAGAAGGCACACUCAACUUUGACGAGGGAGAAGUGGUCGAGAUCAUAGAGAAGAGCCACGAUGGGUGGUGGAGAGGGAGGAAGGACGGGGAGGAUGGGGAUUUCCCGGCCAGCUUUGUGGAGGAGAUCGAGAUUCCUCGCUCCAAGGAGGACAGGAAGAGACUGGCCCUGCGGUUUGGGAAGAAGUCGCCCGACAACAAGACAUCAGACGACGAGGGCAGACUUUCUCCCGGAGUAAAGAAACUCAGAAAACUAAACAGCAAUCCAGACCAGCCCAGUUCUCCUCUCGCAGCUCGGGCAGUGUUUGAUCGCCGCGUGAGCGAACCUCUCCUCACAGAUCAGGGCCACGGGAAGAAAGACAAGAAAAAACUCGUCGGAUUUUUCAAGAAACGAAACACGCAGUACGUCCCACUGCAGGAAGAAUCGGGGGAGGUAAUCGGGAAGAAGUCGCCAGUUGUGUCCGAUCGACGGAAGAAGAAGGCUACAGCCAGUACGUCGUCGUGGGAGGACGCCAUGGCGGUCGACGACUCGCCAGAGCUUCAGAAGAAAGUUCCCCUGGGAAGACCAGGGUCCUCACCGAAGCCGCAGAAACGGAAGCCGGGGAGCGGGACCGCACCCGUGGGGGAGGGGUCGACGAAGGUGCUCCGCCCGAGACGACCUCCCCCGCCCGCCCCGACCACGCUACGCUCCACCCACGUGGCAGUUGACACGGAGAAACCCGGCACCGGUCGUCGGACCAGUGGUGGCGACGUCUCCCCUGAACAGGACGGUGACAGACGAUCGUCGAGUCCACGAUAUCCGCCCAGUUUCCCGCCCGAGAGCAAGUCUCCCGAGACCCCGCCCACCGAGGUCUCGGACCCUGACCCCGCCCCUCAAUCAGUGACUGUCACGGUUUCCAUCUCUCCUUCACCAGACUCGGUGCAAAAGAGCGAGAGCAUGGAGGAGCUUCUCAAAAACUUGGAAGAAUUCGACGAAGUCAUAUCUUCCCAAAACGACGCCGAGACACCCGAAAUCGAGGGGCGGGAGAGAGAUUUUGCGACAAUCCCUCGCAGCGAGCUUCCGCCGGGACUGGACAGAGACCGAAAAUCCAAGAGCCCCUCGCGUACUCCGGAAUUGGGACGAAAACCUGUGAUCGUGGAGAACGGCCACUCCCGGGAGACCUCCCCUGGAAAAAAACCCACUGCCCCUCCGAGACGAAAGAAGAGCAAGAUGAGCCAGAAACUCAUGGACAGGGUGGGGAUUUUCGAGGGGUCAGAGUCCGAUAAACCGGUUAUAAAACCGGUCAGACCGGCCCCGAAGGUGACGUCGGCACCGCCUCCAAAGCCGGAGAGAGACGAGAAGAAGAGGAUGAAGACUCGACUGGAGGUAAUGGCCAGUCGGCAGGAGAGCAGCAGUGCACCAGUCUCACGGAACUCCUCCCCAGACAUCACUGACAUCAGUCAACUGACAAAGGAUGGGUCAGCAUCCUCUGAAAUCCUCAACUCGCACCCGUCAGGCCUGGCCAAGCGAUCUCCCCCCCUCUCCUCUUCCUCCUCCUCUCUCUCACAUGCCACAGCUCUCCAUUGCAUCUCAUUCCUCUCGGAAGAAGACAGAGUCACGAGUGAGGGUCUGUUCAAAUCUUCUCCCAGUGCCAAGGCCAAGGUCGACUCCUGGCUGGCUGGACUGGACAAGGGAGAGGCCCCAGAUCCAAAUGGAAUCAAAGACUCAGCCAGUGCCACUGCUCUACUGAAGGCUCUUCUCUCCAACAAGAGACUUGGUCCUCUUAUACAGUACCCUCUAGCUAAGGCAAUGUGUGAUCUGGCCCAGAGCACAAGUCCAGUGUCUGUGCUGGGCUCUCAACUGGAGCAGCUGCCAGACGAACACAGAGCCCUCCUCAAGGAGAUUCUCAGGCUUUUUGGACUGAUCAUCAACCACUCUGACAAGAACAAGACGGAGGUUGCCGACCUGAACCGGAUGUUCGGGAUUCUCCUGUUUGACCGGUUGCCUCCGGCCCAGACCGAGCAGCUGCUGGCCUACCUCAUCAGCACAUGCGAACUCCUCAUUGUGUCUUGAUCCCCCCUCUCGUCUCUCCAUCCGUCUGUCUGUCUCUUCAUCUCUAUGUGCAGCUGUACAUGGGUGUAUUCAUGUGUGUGUGUUUCAUAUAUUAUAAACGUCAGCCCCUCGCAAUGUUGUGCCUCAUAGAGAAAUGGAGCAGUUUUUGUCGUCAUGAUUAUCAUUAUUGCCAAUUCUUAAUAUUCACACUGAUUGAGAGAUCUGCUCCAGAUUUUGUUGUUUGUUGUCAUGUUUUGUUGUGAGUUGUUGUCGUAGUUGCUUUUCACAGAGAUUUGUGUCAAUAAUAAUUAUGCUGUUGUGAAUGUACAGUUUGGUAGACAUGAAAAUAAAAAAGAAAAUAGUCACAUGACACCAAUUAAUGCAGUGCAUCACGUGACAUUAACAAUUUAGCGGUGCUGAGAUUAAGUCAUAUUACGUAAUCCAGUAAAGAUAAAAACAUAUGUACACUGAUUAUCUGCUUAUUGAAAAAAUAAUGUCUGCAGCAAGAAGGGUUAAAACUGGGCAUGUCUGAAUCAACGGCGAUAUUUGCUGAUCUCGGACUGCCAGCCACGGGCCCUCUCAAAUCCAUUUUGCUUCAGACUGUAGUCGGCCAUUGCCUGACCAAUCUCCUCUUGUGUGUUCAUCACAAACGGACCAUGUUGAACGAUGGGCUCAUUGAGGGGCUGACCAGCUAUCAGUACGAAGUGGAGCUCCUCCGACCCCUAUGCAUAGAGAAUAGAGAGAGAAUGCAGUUACUGAAGAAUUGGUCGCAAAGUAAACAGGCCGUGAGGGAGGGGAGGAAUCGAACUCCUGACUGGAAGUCCAGCACACCACGAAUCCUAUCAUCUAUAUAUCUGACAGGUCGGCUAAGAAUAUUCAGAAUACAGCGUUUCUCACACACA